CUGUCAACACUGUGGAUGUGCUUCUCUGACAGCCGAAAAAGUCUCCAAAGGAUUUUUUCUCUGAAGAAAAAACUAUGUGUGCAUAGCGAAAGUGUGAAAAAAUGGAAAAUCGUAGGAAAUAUUCAUUAAAAUAGCGUUCAGAUGAACAAAAAUUGUGACAAAUUCAAUGGCAAUACGAUACCCACAUUGCUUUUCACCGACAAAAUGAGUGAUGACGCACAGACGGACCUGGAGUUGGAGCUGAGAAACAUACAGUCCGUAAUUCAUGUGACAAAAGAGAAUAUCGAUGCUCUCAAUGCCAGGUUCGCAAAUCUCCAAGAGCCGCCCCCAAUGUACAUCAAGGAGUACCAGGAAUUGAACUCCAAGUUGCACGAAUUGGGGGACAAGGAGCUGGAGAUCAUUGAGAAGUUGCAGCAACAAUGCGAAUACGCCACCAAUACGGUCACAGUUGAACCUCCGGAACCACCUGAUCCUGAUACAGAGACUGAAAGUAAUUGUAGUACACUGACGAAACAGCCAAAAUUUGUGCUCAGAGCCCACUUGCCCAAUCAACAGAGGACAUCCGUUCAGGUAACGCCAGGGAUUCGCCUUCGGGAUGCUCUCUCGAAAGCGCUCAAGCGUCGUAAUCUCACCUGCGAGAUGUGCGAGGUGACAACACAGCUGGGUGGCUCGCAGCCCAUCCACUGGGAUACUGAUAUCAGUUGUAUUCAGGCUGAGGAGGUUUACGUGAAAGUACUGGAUAAGUUUCCCGUGAUGUCUCAAAUCUCUCAUCAAUUUAUGCGCAAAACAUUCUUCACCUUGGCAUUUUGCGAAUGCUGCAGACGACUUCUCUUCACCGGUUUCUAUUGCAAUCAAUGCAACUUUCGGUUUCAUCAGCGCUGCGCUGACAAAGUGCCACGACUAUGCAACAAAAUCGACAUGGAAAGCUAUUAUCAGUUUCUGCUGGAGCAGAAUCCUGACAACUGUGCCGGAAUCCUCAAGACAGGUGGACUUGUAUCCUAUCAGUCGCGUCAUGUGCAUCCACGCUCACUCAAUCAACAAGAUCGCUCCAAUUCGGCUCCUAAUGUGUGCAUUAACAGUGUGAAAACGCUCUCGGAGCACCAGAAGAUGCUGGCCCAGCAGGCGCGUGGGGCAUUGCAAAGCCAAACAGGGCAGGAGCAUUCACAAUCAACACAGGCAUCACCUACAAAUACGCUGAAGCACAUGAAGCGACCCAGAGCCAGGUCAGCAGAUGAAAGCAAUAAAAAUCUUCUCUCACCGAGAGAUCCAAAGCCGACAGAAGAGAAUUGGAAUAUACAAGCUGUUGAAAUCUUGAUUGGACGUCGAAUUGGUUCUGGGUCUUUUGGGACUGUAUACAAGGCCCACUGGCACGGACCAGUGGCUGUGAAGACGCUGAAUGUAAAGACACCAAGCCCAGCACAAUUGCAGGCAUUCAAGAAUGAAGUGGCGAUGUUGAAAAAGACGCGUCACUGCAACAUUCUCUUGUUCAUGGGCUGCGUGAGUGAACCAUCACUGGCCAUUGUGACACAGUGGUGUGAGGGCAGUAGCCUGUACAAGCAUAUUCACGUGAACGAGACGAAAUUUAAAUUAAAUACGCUAAUAGACAUUGGCCGCCAAGUUGCUCAGGGAAUGGACUAUUUGCAUGCGAAGAAUAUUAUUCAUCGUGAUCUCAAGUCCAACAAUAUUUUCCUGCACGAAGACCUGUCCGUGAAAAUUGGAGACUUUGGCUUGGCCACGGCAAAGAUGCGUUGGUCUGGCGAGAAGCAGGCUAACCAGCCAACUGGGAGCAUUCUGUGGAUGGCUCCAGAGGUGAUUCGUAUGGAAGAUUCUAAUCCGUAUUCCUUUCAGAGCGACGUGUAUGCCUUCGGUAUUGUGAUGUAUGAGCUGCUGGGGGAGCAGCUGCCCUACAGCCACAUCAACAAUAAGGAUCAGAUAUUGUUCAUGGUCGGACGCGGGCUACUGAGACCGGACAUGAGCAAGGUGCGCUCUGAUUGUCCACAGGCACUGAAGCGUCUCGCAGAGGAUUGCAUAAAGUUUGUAAGGGACGAGAGGCCACUCUUCAGACUUAUCCUCAACAUGCUGGAAAAUAUGCUGAGAACAUUGCCAAAGAUACAUCGCAGCGCCAGCGAGCCCAACAUGACCCAGACGCAGCUACAGAGCGAUGAUUUCCUCUAUAUGUGCUCUAGCCCAAAGACACCAGUCAACUUUAGUAAUUUUCAGUUUUACAAUGGUGCCGCCAACAUAUAGCAAUUUUUCAUCAUUAUCAUGUCUCUCUUCUCGUCCACACUUUCACUUAUUAAUUUUUAACAAUAUUAUUUGGGUUACUUUACUUACUGGACGAUAUUCGUUCAAUUUUCUGUAUUAGUUUAUAUUUUAUAGAUGAGGCCUAAAUUGAUUUGGUUUGAAUGUAUUUUUUAUGUAUUGUUUCUUUUCUGAAGCUUGGAAUUUUCAACAUUUUUAUUUAAUUUUUUGAGAUAACCUUUACAAUAUUUUCUCACUCAAUAUACAGUUAUAUAUAAUACAGAUUAAUGUUAAUCCAUACAUUAGUGACUUUGAAACUAUAAAAAACGAUAAUGGUAAACAAAGGAGAAGAUGAGGAGGAGAAAGAAUAAAAGGGUAGAAUUAAAAACUAUAAAAUGUAAAUAUGGUAAAAAAAAUAUUCAGAAAAGAGACAGAAAUUACGAUGCAGAAAGUUCCAAACUAGUCAGAAGACCUCAUUUUUUCUUACGAUUUGAACAAAAUAAAAAUUAAAUAAUGAUGAAGAAACUGUUAAAAUAGUAAAGAAAAAAUGAGAAUUGAAUCAGCAAUUAAGACAUUCCUCUUACCAAUUUUUUGUAAAUAUAUAUAGCACUUGAGAAAAUUUAUGGUCAUUUGAGAAAAGAGAUUCAAUGAAAAAUCAAUCACAUGAAAAGUGAUUAGAAUUAAGAUGCAAAUAAGAAUUUCUUCUAUGUUCUUUCACUAUCCUCUUGACAAAAAAAAUUGUAAAAAGAAGAUGUAUUAAAUAAAAUUGUAAAAAUUA